AUGCUGCUGCUCCUCUUCUUGUCUGCUCUGGCUCUGGGUUCUCUGCCUCCUUCACAUGGCCAACAACCACAGCUACAGACCGGCUACUGCGACACAUCCUGGUUUGACUACCACGGCCGCUGCUACAAAUACGUGGCCACACCGAUGACCUGGGCUGACGCUGAGCUCCACUGUGUGUCAAUGGGAACCAACCUGGUGUCUAUUCACAACCUGGGGGAGCAGAAUUCAUCGAAACUCUGA